AUGUUCCACACGUCGCCCAUACGCAGCAUCCGCCGUGUGGCCAUCGCACUCGGCGUCCUAGCCUGCCAUUUCGUGACUCGGACCCACGGCCUGCCCUCGCCCGCCGCCGAUGCCAUGACGGCCGGCGAGUGGCUGGAGCGCACCGACGCGUCCGCCCUCGCCCCGCGGCAAGACAUACCCCCGGGCCUCGGCCAGUUCCCCGCGGGCCCGCUGAACCAGUUCCUCCGGAUCAUCAGCUCGCUGCCGACGGGCGAGCGCGCCCUCGACGCCGUCGCCAAGAUCCUGACGCCGCUGCAGCAGGGCCUCGCCACCGCCGCCGGCAUCGAUACGACGAGGGAGGACCUCGCGCAGGAGGCCCCGUGCGCCGCCGUCACCGUCGUCUUCGCGCGCGGCACGACCGAGCCCGGCUCCGUCGGCCUCAUCGCCGGCCCCCCCUUCUUCGACGCCCUGCGCGACCAGCUCGGCGCCGAGACCCUCGCCGUCCAGGGCGUCGCGUAUCCGGGCCACCUUUUGCCGGGCUUCAACAGGAAUGGCACGGACGGCGUGCCGAGCAUGUUAAGCAAAAACCAUGCAGCGGAACGCGCGGCGGGGCCCAAGACGGGGGGACCUGGUCAAGACGGCCAACUUCGGCAAAAGGACAGCCACCAAAACUUGGCAGAGACGGCUUGA